UGUCUUUGUGUUAACCUGUGUCUAUCCGCGGCUGCUGAAGAGACUUCCGGUUUGUUUGAAACGACGAGGAGAGACAAAGUGGAUCCGAAGAAGAGAGAGAGAGACCGGAAAUGGAAACUCCUGGACGAUGUUUUCAGCUCUCAGCUUCACGAACACAGAGCAGACUUCCAGCAGCUGCUGGAGAGCUUCCUCCUGAGCAGCAGACGUGGAUCCCCAGUCUGGACCAGGAGGACACCGAGCCCCGACGCAUUAAAGAGGAACAGGAGGAUCUGUGGAGCAGUCAGGAGGGAGAGCAGCUUCAAGAGGAGUUCCCUUUCACUGCUGUCAUUGUGAAGACUGAAGAUGAAGAGAAACCUCAGGCCUCACAGCUCCAUCAGAGACAAGCUGAACAGAUGGAAACCAGAGCUGAUGGAGAGGACUGUGGAGGACCAGAACCAGGCAGGAACCCGGAUCCAGAGGGACAAUUGCAAGUAGAGAUUGAGGUCAAGACCGAAAACUCUUCUGAGACUGGUGACAUUGAUGAUCGGAGGGAGAUAAAAGAACAGUCUCAUUUAAACCGUCUGGAUCAUUUUACAUUUUACGACAGCUCAGAGACUGAUAAGAAACCACAAAGCUGCCCUGAGUGUGGGAAAACAUUGAAAACAAAUGGGGAUCUAAUCAAACACAUGAGAACUCACAAAGGAGAGAAACCCUUCAGCUGCUCUUUAUGCGGUAUAAGCUUCAGUCAAAAAGAGUAUCUAAAUCAACACAUGAUAAUUCAUCUAAACGAGAAACCCUUCAGCUGCUCUGAGUGUGGCAAAUCCUUCAAACAAAAGGGAUAUCUGAUUCACCACAUGGAAACGCACCAAAAGGAGAAACCCUUCUGCUGCUCUCUGUGUCGUAAAACAUUUUCAAAGAAAGGGCAGCUAGCUGCACACAUGGGUGUUCACUCGGAACAGAAACUGUUCAGGUGCUCCGACUGUGGUAAAGGAUAUAAAGAGCAGUCUGGUCUUGACAGACACGUGGGAGUUCACACAGGAGAGAAACCCUUUAGCUGCACUGAGUGUGGUAAAAGAUUUUACCUAAAGUAUUAUCUGACUGCACACAUGUUAAUUCACUCAAAAAGAGAGAAACUAUGGAGCUGCUCUAAGUGCGAUAAAACAUUUUCCAAGAAAAAGCAACUAGCUGCACACGAGGUUGUUCACUCGGGACAGAAACUGUUCAGCUGCUCUUACUGUGGUAAAGGAUUUAAAUGGAUGUCUUGUCUUGCCAGACACGUGGUGGUUCACACUGGAGAGAAACCCUUUAGCUGCUCUGAGUGUGGUAAAAGAUUUUACCAAAAGUGUUAUCUGACUGAACACAUGUUAGUUCACACGGGAGAGAAACCAUUCAGCUGCCCGGAGUGUGACAAAACAUUUCACCAAAAGAGUUAUCUGACUGCACACAUGUUGUCUCACUCAAAAAAAGAGAAACCCUGGAGCUGCUCUGAGUGUGAUCAAACAUUUUCAAGGUAUGGGCAACUAGCUGCACACAAGGUUGUUCACUCGGGACAGAACCUGUUCAGCUGCUCUGACUGUGGUAAAGUAUAUAAACGGAAGUGUUUUCUUGACAGACACGUGGGAGUUCACACAGGAGAGAAACCCUUUAGCUGCACUGAGUGUGGAAAAAGAUUUGCCAAAAAGGGUUAUCUGACUGCACACAUGUUAGUUCACUCAAAAGAGAAACCAUUGAGCUGCUCCGAGUGUGAUAGAAUAUUUUACCACAAGUCUAAUCUGGCCACACACCUGGCACAUCACAGAGGAGAGAAACCGUUCAGCUGCAGGGUCUGUGACCAACGCUUCUCUUGGCCCAACCAGUUACAAAGACACAACUGUGUUUCAGAUCAGGCUUCAGAGCUUCAACCAAAUAAUACAUUAGAGGAGAAAAGUGAUUCUGAAACAGGAGUCGAUGAAGAGGACUGUGGAGGACCGGAAGCGAACAGGAAUUCAGAUCCAGAGAGACAUUUUGAAAUUGAGGUUGAGGUCUAGACUGAGGACUUCUCUGACUCUGGGAGUGAAGACAAAAUUAGAUGAUUGGGAGGAUACCAGAGAACAACAGUUAGGAUCCAAUUAUGAAAAAUAACGAGGUUCCUGUCAGUCAAAUGAGAUAUGAUAGUGGUGAGAAACCACUCCACUGCUCUGAGUGUGGUAAUACAUUCAGCUUGUAAAUGGUAAUUGGACACCAUUCAAACACAUUCAGACGCUGCUGAUGAAGCCGCGGGAGCAACUUGAGGUUAAGUUUCAAGCCCAAGGACACAUCGGACAUGUGGCUGCAGGAGCUGGGGUUUGAACCUCCAAGUUUCCAGUUGAGAGACAGACGACUCUACCACUGAACCACAGCCGCCCCUUGUCAAGUCUGGAGAGACAAAACUCACACAGGAGAGAAACCAGUUAGAUGAGUCUUGUAGUGAAAUGUUGCGAUUUUCUUUGUUGUUUUUCUCUGGGCUGUGCUGCACAUGCUUGCUUGUGAUUGGACAGGAGCUGACGACACUUUUAGUAGUUGAACUGCAGAAGCAGACUCACCUGGCCUUCAUCCUUCUCUCACAAUGUGACUGUGGCGUGGAAAGCUCGUGGUGCAGAUGACGGCGUCAGUUAAAAUCCUGGAGUUUGUAAAUACUGUAAAACGCGUUCUUCAUUGUUCUGAAUCUAAAAACAGUCCUGAGACACUUUUCUCCUGUUUUCUGUUCGGGGUGUGAGUUAGAGACUUUUUGUUUAUUUUUCAGAUAAGAUAGUUUUGUUAUCGGUGAGAUGUUUGAUUUGUUAUUUUGUCAUUUACUCUCCCUCUCAUGUAUCGGGGGGCUUCAUAUCCGUUUGUUUGGUCUUCCUCGGGGGUGAGGAAGGAGAGGGUCACGUAUAUGCUGCAUCUCCUCCCCCCCCUAGGCUGGACGUGAAAAUAUUUAACUUACAAUAUCUCGUGCAUGAUCGAUCUUUUGUUUACUCCUGGAAGAUAAACAAAGUGAAAUGUUGGGGCGACUCUGCGAUGGUUUGACCUUUGAAUGAUUUCCACUGAAACAUUUGAAUCAGAAGGAUUUCCCAGAAUUCUUUGUUCUCUCAAAAAGGGGAAUAAAAGCAGCGUAAGGAUGUUAUUAUUGAAAACAGACAAGCUGUUAAAUCUCUGUUUACUCUGCACAUGAAACACAGAUAUUUGUAUUUCUAAAUAAAGAUCUGAACUGUCA